CUAAAGCUAAAGUAGCGCAGGCGUCUAAGUAAAGGCUGAAUCCCAAAUGGAGUCCUACUAUCUUUAUAGUGCACUACAUAGGCAGUAGAAGCCAUUAUUUCAUAGCCUCCGAAGUGAACAAUUUUAGGAGGUUCAGAGUUAUUUGGAAGUCAGUGUUGUCCGUUCUUGUUAUUUAGCGCUAUUUAGAGUUUUCUUUGCAGGCUGUAUGAGCUGGCUAACGGACUAGCCUCGAAUCAAAGACGGGGACAGCGCCGGCCUGGCGAUCCGGGGCUUUUCCUGAAAUUCGAAUCCGACCACCGCGAGGGAAUGCUGGGGCGCGACGCCGUCGAGUUCCCAGUGGCUGUGGUUCUGCCGGCCGCUGGUUGCGGUGAAAGGACAGGGCUGUCGACCCCCAAACAGUUCUGCACUUUUCUCAACAGACCACUCAUCAGCUUCACCAUCGAAACUUUUGAAAGAAUCCCGUGGGUUGAAAGCAUCGUCGUUGUAGUUGCCAAGGAGAGCCAUGAGCUCAUGCUGCAAAUCAUCCAUCAGUUUCAACAUGCAAAAGUGAAAGUGGUUGAAGGGGGAACCACGAGACAUAGAUCCAUCUUCAACGGUCUUCAGGCAUUCAGCGAGAGCGCAGAGGGUCCCGUGCUUCCCAGACCAAAGGUGGUCAUCAUCCACGAUGCCGUGCGUCCGUUCAUAGAGGAGGACUUUCUACUCAAAAUUACACUGGCAGCCAAAGAGCAAGGGGCUUCUGGGGCCAUCCGUCCUCUGGUGUCCACAGUGAUUGCCACCACCUCCGAAGGCUUCCUGGACCAUUCACUGGAGCGAACUAAGUACAGGGCCAGUGAAAUGCCCCAAGGAUUUCUCUAUGAUGUCAUCUAUCAGGCCUACCAACGGUGCAGUGAGUUUGACUUUGAGUUUGGCACCGAGUGCCUGCAUUUGGCCCUGCAGUACAGCGGCACCAGUGCCAAGCUCAUUGAGGGACCACCGACACUGUGGAAAGUGACGUACAAACGCGAUUUGGCUGCAGCAGAGUCAAUUAUUAAAGAGACUCUCUUGCUGUCAGCGUGCCUCAUCUCAGGAGCCAUGGCAGAAACCAUUGAGCUUUCCAACAGGCUCCAGAAAAACCUGGAAUCCAACCAUAUGGCAGUGGAUGUUAUCCCAUGCACAAAGGAAAAUAAUAAACUGCUGCUGAAGACCAGGAACUUCAUCCAGAUAUCUACCAGUGGUGCAAGUUUAUCUGAAACCGAGGAGAUGGUGAAGUUUUUUAAGGAGUCAAAGCAUGCCCUUUUGUAUCCGGUUGUUAUUGUAUGGGUUCAUUUACGUAUGUCAGAUGAGGCAUCGGAUAUCCAAACGAAUGAAGAGCUGACUGCCAUCAUGGAUCUCUCCAUGAAGGUCAAGCAGGGGAAUAUUUUACUCUACUGUGUGCAAAUUAUUUACUCUAAGGUCCCUGAGCUCUGGGAGAGGUCUGUAGCAAGACUAUCAGAAAUCACAGAAUCUCUUGUGAGAGACAGAAACCCAGUUCUUACUGGACAGAUGCUACAAGCCUGAGACACCAGGGUCAACCCCCCCCCCCCCCCCCCCCCCCACACACACACACACAUGCAUUCUCUUUGUGGGGUUUUCCAGUGACAUACGUGUUAUUGAAGCUAAACAAUGAAACAAUGCUAUGCCUACACCUACAGUACACACAACCCCCACCUUAACCUCAGUAACCCAAAGGAAACCAUUGGCACCAGCUAAAUAUCUCCACAAUGGCAAACCUGUCACGUAUACAUUUGGUCCCCAUAAAAAGAUUCUUUUUUUUUUUUUAAUGGCCCACACACAGCACCACCUCAGCCAUGGACUUAAUCCACUGUACAUUAUUUUUAAAAAAUGACACAUUAUAAAACCCUGAUGUGUAAGCUGUUUAAUAAAAAAACUUUUCUAUAUUUUUAAACUA